CACAGUUGGGUUCGCGUGCCGAGAGAGCCACUCAGGGCAGCCCGAUCGAGAACAGUGAGAGAGCGACCGAGAAGACAGCAUGCAUCUCGUGGGGGAAAAUGCAACCUUUCGCCGUAUGCUGUGUGUCGUUAUCGCGCUGAUGCUAGUUCGAUUUGUGAACGGCACUAUGAACACCUCUGCGGUGCUAGAAGGAAUGUUUGCAGGGUACGACAAGCGCAUCCGGCCUUCUUGCAGAGAGGAUGGGAACUCAUCUAUGGCGACUUCUGAUGAAGAUCCACCGGUGCGAGUCUACGUCCAAAUUUACAUUGAAAGUAUAGACGGCAUCAAGGAGACUACUAUGGAUUUCUCGAUCACCAUGUAUUUACGAAUGAAAUGGCAAGACACCCGACUUGCCUUCAAUGGUAAUCGUAGUCUUGUGCUUGCCGGCUACGGCAUGGACAUUGCAUGGCUCCCUGACGUCUAUUUUGUGUACGAAAAGCAAGCAAGCCCACAUCUGGUGACCCAGGCGAACAAGUUACUUCGGAUUUACCCGAAUGGGAGUCUUUCGUACAGUGGAAGGUUUAGCAUAACUGUUGCCUGUAACAUGCAACUGAACAAGUUUCCGAUGGAUUCACAGAAGUGCACCAUCAUCAUCAGCAGUUACGCUUAUAAUACUGAUGAAGUCGUUCUUUAUGGAGACGAAUUCAGCAUCGUCAAGGAGCCAGGAAUCAUGAUCUCCAAAUUCAAAAUGACUAAACACAUGGUUGAAAAUCGAGAUAUCGAAUACUCAAUUGGAAACUUCAGUGGUGUGAGAUGCCAUUUCUACUUCACACGUCAAGUCGAGGCCUUCUUCCUGACGGUGUAUAUCCCAACGGUACUUCUCGUCACCAUAGCCUGGCUGUCAUUCUGGAUUGACGCCAAGGCAGCGCCCGCUCGCGUCGCCAUAGGGGUAACCACGGUGCUGACUGUCACCACAAUGACGGCAGGAAUACAGAACUCACUUCCCGUUGUGACGUAUGCGAAAGCAAUUGACAUCUGGCUAGUGGUGUGUCUCAUGUUUGUGUUCAUCUCACUGCUGGAGUAUGGCGCGGCAAACUACCUACUAGUCGGAGAGAUGAAAUCAUCUGAAUCCCCACCAGGGAGUGCAUCCCAGGACAGCAAGCAGAACGAGCUAGACCUACGGGGAGCUCAAUCGACUAGACGGCGGAGGCGUUUGACGGCGAGUCAGUUAGAUCGUUACGCUAGGUGGUGCUACCCGUUCAUGUUCUCGAUCUUCUGCGCCUUAUACUGGGUAUUUUUCCUCACUAUGGAAUAACAGUGCGCAGGACGUUUCGAGGACACCAAAAGGUGUCCCAAAUGAAGACUUAUACUAAUACCCUGAUUGGCAGAUGCAGAUUUUCAAUUGGGUACAAGUAUUCUCGAAUGGGAUAACUUUAUUUUGUACUUAAGGUUCAUCAAUUUGAGGAUUGGGUCGAUAUCCUCAAUUGGGAGGUGUGAUUCGUCGCCACAAAAAUGUGUUCCAAAUGAAGACUAUAGAUUGGCAGUUGAAGGUUUUUAAUUGGGUACAAGUAUUCUCGAAUGGGAUUACUUUGUUUUGUACUUAAGGUUUAUCAAUUUGAGAAGGUUUGAACGCUGGUAUAUUAAUCCUUUGCAUUGACCUCUAUCUUUGAUGCACGUAUUAUAGGCUAUGGCCGUGUGCGAAACAGCAACUUUGGCUACAGCUCUGGCUAGAUCAGUGCGUUUGCCAGUGUUGAAGAGCACGCGAUCUAGCCGUAGCUGUUGCCAAAGUUGCCGUUUCGGUAUCGAUUUCCUUAUUGACAGAUGAAGGUUUUUAGUUGGGUACAAGUAUAUCUCAAAUGGGAUACCUUUGUUUUCUACCUAACGUUUAUCAAAAGAGAAUUGGUUUGAUAGUCUCACAUGGGAGAUAGUUUGAACACUGGUAGCACAAAAUGACUAUAUUGAUAGACUUGUGGACAAGUCGUUGAUGGUCUGUGUCGCUGAGAUAGUUGAGUCGCGGUGCUGGCGGGAUGAUUCAGGUUUCCGCGAUCGAAUCUGGCUGCCGAUGGGACCGUAGUCGUGAGAGAGGUAGUCUAUGUCUUGUGGGGGCCAGCAGUUUCGCGAGAAUAUUGCCAGUGACGCAAUAAUUGCAGAGACAGACGGAACGCUAUCAUCGCGACAGAUAUUUAACGACUUGUCCACAAGUCUACCCAGUAUUGGCCACACCAUGGAGGAUGACCUCAUUGACUUUUGACACAUGUAUGGUGGUGGUGGUUUGAAUGGGGUACUACAUCCCUAAUGGGAAAGUCUAGAGUUACUCCACGUGGUUCGAAAUGGGUAUACAUCCCUUCAAAUGGUUUAGUGACUUAAAAAAACAAGUACUGGUGCGAUAGACAAUAAUGAGCAAAAAAUGUAAUUGAAACAAAUAUAUAGGCCUACAUUAAAAGAAAAUUUUUGAAAAUAUCUACUGAGAAUUAACAUACCCGGUUCUUCAGUUUUGUUUUAUACACGGUUUUGUAUGAUGUAAAGUUAUAAAAUGUGUUUACUAACUAAUUGAUCUAUGUAUCUUAACAAAGAGUUCUCCAGAAGACGAUCAGAGCAUACUGAUCGAAACGUCGAGUUAAU